UUUUGUAGUGAAGUUUCUCUUCCCACAUACUACUUACUUUACUCGGACAGCCGAUCUAGGGUUUCUCUAGGGUUUUGAAAGACGCCAUUUUUAAUUCUUCUCCAUAAUUUAAGAUUCAAACGUAUAUCUUCUUCGCAAUUCAGGAAUGGCUAUGGGCAUGGGAGCACAAACACCCGACAUCUUCGGCGACCGUCAGUCCGGUCAGGACGUUCGCACCCAAAACGUUGUGGCAUGUCAAGCAGUGGCCAAUAUUGUCAAGUCGUCCCUUGGCCCGGUUGGAUUGGAUAAGAUGUUAGUUGAUGAUAUUGGUGAUGUCACCAUUACUAAUGAUGGUGCUACAAUACUCAAGAUGUUAGAAGUUGAGCAUCCGGCUGCAAAGGUUCUUGUGGAGCUUGCUGAGCUUCAAGAUCGAGAAGUUGGUGAUGGGACAACUUCAGUGGUCAUUGUAGCCGCAGAGUUGCUUAAGAGAGCAAAUGAUCUUGUGAGAAAUAAAAUUCAUCCAACAUCUAUAAUCAGUGGAUAUAGACUUGCUAUGAGGGAAGCAUGCAAGUAUAUUGAGGAAAAAUUAGCAGUGAAGGUUGAAAAGCUUGGAAAAGAUUCUCUCAUAAACUGUGCCAAGACAAGUAUGUCAUCAAAGUUGAUAGCUGGUGAUAGUGACUUCUUUGCAAACUUGGUCGUUGAUGCAGUUCAAGCAGUAAAGACUACCAAUGCACGUGGGGAAAUCAGAUACCCAAUCAAGGGCAUCAAUAUUCUUAAAGCACAUGGAAAAAGUGCAAAAGACAGCUACUUGAUGAAGGGCUAUGCUCUAAAUACAGGGCGUGCUGCACAAGGAAUGCCAAGUAGAGUUGCCCCGGCGAGGAUUGCCUGCCUUGACUUCAAUCUUCAGAAGACAAAAAUGCAAAUGGGUGUCCAAGUCCUUGUUACUGAUCCCAGGGAGCUUGAAAGAAUUCGCCAAAGGGAGGCUGAUAUGACGAAGGAGCGUAUUGAAAAGCUUCUGCAAGCUGGAGCCAAUGUUGUUCUUACAACUAAAGGGAUUGAUGAUAUGGCACUAAAGUACUUUGUAGAGGCUGGGGCAAUUGCAGUGAGGCGUGUCCGAAAGGAAGAUCUGCGCCAUGUUGCUAAGGCAACUGGUGCGACUGCGGUUUCAACAUUUGCUGACAUGGAAGGAGAUGAAACUUUUGAUUCAUCUCUGCUUGGAUAUGCAGAUGAAGUUGUGGAGGAGCGAAUUGCUGAUGAUGAUGUGAUUAUGAUAAAAGGCACCAAAACUAGUAGUGCAGUUUCCUUAAUUCUUAGAGGUGCCAAUGAUUAUAUGCUUGACGAGAUGGAAAGAGCUUUGCAUGAUGCUUUGUGCAUUGUUAAGAGGACCCUCGAGUCUAACGUGUCACUGCUACUGGUGGGAGAAUCAAGUUACAGUUGGAAGCCAUGUUGGCAAUAUAAUUUUUUGCUUCCUCAAAACUGGGAAUGCAACAAGUUAUAUUUAAAGGUGGUCGCUGGUGGUGGUGCAGUUGAAGCUGCUUUGUCUGUAUAUUUGGAAUAUCUUGCAACAACUUUGGGAUCUCGAGAACAGUUGGCUAUUGCAGAAUUUGCUGAAUCCCUCUUAAUUAUUCCAAAGGUUCUUUCUGUGAAUGCUGCAAAAGAUGCGACUGAGUUGGUUGCAAAACUUCGGGCUUAUCACCACACUGCACAAACCAAGGCAGAUAAGCAACAUCUGUCAAGCAUGGGGUUAGACCUUUCAAAGGGAACCAUACGCAACAACUUAGAGGGAGGAGUCAUUGAACCGGCUAUGAGCAAAGUGAAGAUAAUACAGUUUGCAACAGAAGCAGCGAUAACUAUUCUUCGGAUUGAUGACAUGAUAAAGCUUCUCAAAGAUGAAAGCCAGAAUGAGGAUUAGGGUUUAGUUUAUGUAUCUUUCCCAGGCUGCAAUUUUUGGUUGUUUCUUGACUGGUGAUGACAAUCAUUUUUGGGGUUACAGCUAUGAGAGACGAACAGAUCAAUUACCGGAGAAAUUGAUUACUUAAUAUUUCAAGAGAAAAUGAAAUAUAAUUUCCAGCACCUAAACACCUUGAAACUGUAUUCGGGGAUUGCUGGAAUAUAUUCAGAUGAUAGGAUGAUGUGGGAUAGAAUUUGACUUGUGUGUUUGUUACACUUUGUACUGGGGCCAUGAGAAGGGAAGUAAAUUUUUGAUGUGCCAAAACUUUUUUAUAUUCAGUUUUAACCCCUUGCUAUCGUGUUGUUAGGGAGUAACUGUUCCAUACGUUUGAGCGUUUCUGUGGAUUAAGUUGUGAAUAAUCAUUCAAAUUAUCUAAAUUGUAAUAUGAAGUGUUUGCAUUAAUUCAUGUCUGGAAUAUGAAGAGAGACAUCAUUGAGUUAGAGGCAGCUUAAUUCAAUGAACCUAUUAUUAGAUUAUUAUUUUUUAUACUAUAUUGGAUUAGGGAAAACAUUCCACGGUCCAAAAAGUUGCACUUACGGCCUAAAUUUAGGGUGAAGAUAUUAUUGUAUUCCAAUAUUUUUAAUUUUUGAUCAUAAACUCUGAACAUGUUUCUAAAAACUUCCAAAUUGGUCCAGACCCGUUAAUUAAAAUAAUUUUUCUUAAAAUUACAAAAAUAUCCUUUUACUUAUCUUCUCACCGUCACAAUGUUCCUUUUCCCUUUUUUAAUUUUUUUGCUUUCCUUUUUAAUUUUUUUUAAUUAAACUGUUCUUCUUCUUCGUCUACCACUGGCAGCCAUAUUGCUGCCUGUAAGAAGAAUUACCGGCCGACAACAACCAAGAUGGUCGCCGCAGUUGCCGCCAUCUGACGAGCAUGCCAGAACCCAAGUCUAGUUCCUGCAUGUUGCAGCAACCCGUUUGGUGACAAGAACACCGGCAAGGACUACUUAUAGUCGUUGCCUUUCUUGCUAUACUCCGAUCACCAGGUCGCCAACGACAACCUGGUUUCCUCCUUUACCACCAUGAUCGCCUUCUCUAUCCCAGACGUCAAAAAUCAAUAUUCGCUGCUCAAUCCUAUACAGGCUAUACACUAGGUCGUGUAUAUAUAGUUUUAUGUAUGCUAAAACCUAAUAUGCAUUUUGAGUUGUUAAGUUGCUAUGCUUAGGAGUCGUGGACCCUGGUAGCUCCAUUUCUGUUGGUUUACGAGGAUUUGCUGUUCGAAUUUGGUGACAAUGGCAUUAUCGCUUCCUUUAAUUUUUGCCACUAUAAUAACCCAAAUAUUCUUGAUCCCUUUAUGUUCAAGUUUAUUCCCAAUAAAUUCAAGCAGUUAGGAGAAAAUUUGUUUAAUUUCCACAGAAAUUCGGAUCGACAGUAAUAAUUUUUUGGGUAAAUUACAUUCACGUCCCUCUAGUUAGCUAAAAAUUCAAACAGCUUCCCUCAAUUAUUUAAAAUAUCAUUUUCCUCCCCUAAAACAAACUUCCGUGAAGCUCAAUUAACAGAUUAUGGGAUUUUACUAAAUUGACUUCACAUUUUAGCCUAUUAUUUUAAUAUAAUAAUGGUAAAAUUUUAAUAAGACAAUCUUGCACUUAUAAAUAUAUCAAAACACCUACACACGUUCUAAUUGAAAAACCACCAACACAUUCCAUUUAAACACGUUUUCAUUCUCAGAACUCUCUAAGGAACGAAGGAGAGAUAGAGACGAAGACAGAGAAAGAGUGUAGUGUUCAAGCAAAGGAGAACGAAGAAAAUCGAGAGCUUCCAUUCGCGUUUGAGUAAGUUCUUCGAACUCGAUUAUGUUAAUGUUUUGAAAUUUGGGUUUUGCUUAGAGUUCUAGAUCUUCAAACUCGUUGGGUUUGUUUUGGGUUUUAGGUCAUGAAAUUGGGUUUUGGUAAUGUUUUGAAAUUAGGUUUUGGAUUUUAUUUUCUGGGUUCAUUUUUUUUUUUUCAAAUGAUGGUUAUAAUUAUGCUUUGAAAUUAUGGUUUUUUUUUUUUUUUUUUUUUUUUUUUUUUUUUUUUUUUUUUUGAUCUUCGAGCGGGUAGUGUUCAUUUUUUUUUUUCAAAUGAAGUUUCUUGUAAUGUUUUGAAAUUAAGGUUUUUUUCUCAUUGUUUGUGUUAUUGAAAAUGGUGUAGCAAAAUAGGAUAUUAAUAUCUUACUUGGUCUCUGAUUUGUACUUGUUUUCUGAAAAAUAAGUUAUUGGUUAUGUUAAUAUGUUCUUUAAGGUUUUAAAGUUAAGGUUUGUAAGAUUUUGUAUGUGUUUGUAUUGAUUAGGGUAAUAUUGCUCUAUACUCAUAUGUUUAUGCAUUAUAUUAUACUCUGUUGGUUAUUGGCAAUCUGCAAAUAUGGUUGAAAAGUUAGGGCUUUCUGGAAUUUGGGUUUCUUUGUGUUGAUAAGGCUAAUUCCUUUCUUGUGUGAUGUUGAAAUUAUGCAAUUUGGCCAAGAUAUCCAUUUUUUGGGUUUUGCAAUCUCUGUUAAUGUCCAAGUGUUUUUGUAUUCUUUAUAAUUUUUUCCUUCUUCAUUUUCUAUUGACAGUGAUGGAUGCACCCAUUGUUUAUGACUAAGUUGUCCAUUACGGUGAAAAUGUCAAUGUGAUAGGGAAUAUAGAUCUACAGUUACUUAGAGUUCAUGGAUCACGUUAUGGAGCUUGCAUUAUCUAAUGUAUAAGCACAAAUUGGGAUAUACAUUAACAUAUAUCAUGACUAACCUAACAACAAUGAAAGGAUCUUAGUUGACAAUGAUCAAAAAGUUGAGGACAUGUUUAUGUUGAAUAAGUUUAGGCAAACGAUUAAUGUGUGUGUUGAAACUAAGGAGCCUGUAGGAGUUGAUCUUGGUUUAGCUGAGUUAUUGUCAGGUCUUGCAAGUGUUUGCCCUACAGCAGGUGUUAGGCCUUCUCAACCUGUAACAAGUUUUGCUCAUGUUGAUGUAGAAGAUGAUAGAGAUGAGGAAGAUGAAGAUGAUUACCUAUUUUAUUUGUUUCAAUUAAUCAUAUAAAGAGGGGGGGAAAGGAAUGGAAAUUGGUGUCAGUGCGAACCAGCAACAGAGAGGGAGAGGGAUGGAAAAUCUGAGUCAGCCAAUACCAGUUCCACCAACGACAUAUUCUACAGGAAGGGGAGUUGACAAUAUGAGUCAACCACCUGCAAGGAUGAAUGUUAACCCAGCUGUUAGAUGAAUCAUAUACAGAGAGGGAGAAGGAUGGGAAGUUUGACUUAGCCAACACUUGUUCUACCAAUGGCAUAUUCUGCAAGAAGGGGAGUUAGUAGUAUGAGUCAACCACCCUGCAAGGGUGAAUGUCAACCAUCAACUGAGAGGGAAAGGAAUGGAAGUUCUGAGUCAGGCAACACCAGUUCCAUCAACAUCUUCUGCGGGAAGGGGAGUUAACAAUGUCAACGAACAACAUGUAUCUAUUUAUAUUUUUUUUUUU